UGGCUGUCUUAUUUUCUAGGCAUCCAAACACUACAUAAGAAAGAAGAAAAUCAUCAUGCAAAGUAAGACAAUGUAUACCAAAACUGCGUUAGCAGUAAGCACGGCAUAAAACGUUCCUCUCUUCUCUCUGUCUGGUCAUCCUCGGUCUGGAUCGGGCAUCGGCUCCUUGGCAUUCGAUCAGAGGUUCACGUCGCAACCUCUCUUAGUUUCGUUGUCUGGAGUUGGAUUGCUUCAAUUGAUUCUGAAGUUGAAUCAUAAGGUUAGGAUGGAUAGAGAAGAUAGUUUCACAUUUUGUCAGGUUAGUGCCCCCGAAAAUCAAGACAUUAUUGAGGUGAAGAAUCUUACAUCAGGUGUAGAUGAUAUUACUAUUAAGGAUGAGCUCUCAAAUGGUUUUGGUAGCGAUCAGAAUGGUGGUUUUUUGUGGAAACCUAAUUUCCUUAUUGAUGCCAACUCCAAGAAGCAGGAGACUGUAGGUUCUUUAAAUUUCAAUGUGAUUUCGGCAUCAUCUUCAAGACAAUCUAAUGAAUCUUCAAGACAAGCAGGCUCUAGCACCCUUGGAACUUCAGUUAAGAAUCCAGAAGAACCUAAGGCUUCAGUUAAGAAACGUGAAGCCCGGGCCAAGGUUCCUUUUGAGAAGGGUUAUAGCCAAAUGGACUGGCUUAAGCUUACUCGGACACAUCCUGAUCUUGCAGGAUUGAAUGGACAGUCAAAUAGAAGACUUAUAUCUAUGAAUGAGGUCAAGCAACACAAAUCUGAAGGUUCCAUGUGGACUGUUCUAAAAGGCCGUGUAUAUAAUAUAUCUCCAUACAUGAAGUUUCACCCUGGAGGGGAUGAAAUACUGAUGAAGGCAGUGGGUAAAGACUGUACAUCAUUGUUCAACAAAUACCAUGCUUGCGAUAAUGCUGAAUUCUUAUUGGAGAAUCUGUUUGUUUCUAAUUUUCUUCAAGCUAAUGAAUCUGUUCAGUUUAAGUCCUUAAAUUCAACUUUAGACAAAUACCAUGCUUGGGUUAAUGCUGAGUUCUUAUUGGAGAAGUGUCUCGUGGGAAUGCUGGAUGAUAGUCGGUGAAGACCUGUGGUUCAUGGCUGUCAAAUACAGGGCUCAGCUGUUCUAUUUUGCAGGCAGUAUGGUAUAAAGUCAUUUCAUGUUGUGAUAGUCGUGUUGUAUUCUUCAUUUGAACUUUGGUAGUUGCAAUAACCAUCCAUUCCAUCCUUUAAAUGCCUACUGAGACAACUAAAAAGAAUUAAGUAAUAUUCCUUAUAUAAACCUAAAAGGAGAAAGAAGAAAAUUUAUAAUCUGGAUGGCAAAGUAGAAACUAGUAAGUCCAUCCUUAUUGUUGUAAUUUUUGUCAAUGACACUUCUGAAUAAUUAUUUAUUUUGGGAAUGUACUGGUUCCUUUCUUCUAUUGGAUCAUCGAGUCUGAUCAUAAAAAGAUUCUAUUCAAGCAAA